AUGAUGUGCUUGAAGAUCCUGAGAAUAAGCCUGGUGAUCUUGGCGGGGUGGGCAUGUAGCACUGCCAUCUCUGAGCUGGGCUGGACACGCAAGAAACCCUUGGCUCAGAGGGGACACCUGAAUCAGGUGCUGCCGGAAGGAGAACACUGUUGGCUGGGGACUAAGGCUCGAAGACCUAGGACUGCUCCCCAGCAUCACCUCUUUGGGGUCUACCCUAGCAGGCCUGGGGACUACCUGAGGCCCUACCCUGUGGGCAAGCAGGGAAUCCAUCAUGUAGGACCCAGUAAGCCAGAUAUUGGGGGAAAAGCUGUGAGCCUUGUUCCCCAAGACCUGACAGAAAAUGCAGCAGGAGCAGGGAGCGAGGCUGAGCUGCCAGCUGCCCCGGGUGCAGGAGAUGGUCCUAUUGGGCAAUCUGAGCUGCUGGGAGAUGAUGACACUUAUGUUGGCAACCGAAGAUCCAAGGACUCUGUAGGUGAGGCUGGGACUUGGAAGAGCUUAGCCAUGGCUGCCACCACCACCACCACCACCACCACCACCUUUGUAAGCCUGAGGGAAUCUAAACCAGAGACCCAAAUGAAGGGCUGGGGCAAGUCCGGGCAUCAUCACCAAGUGGAGAAGAGGCAGGCAGAAGAUGUGUGGGGAGACAUCAAUGACUCUCCUUCACCUUUGCAACCUCUGCCCAAGCGGCCCCUUAAGCACAGGGAGGAUGGCAUCCAAAAUGGCGGAGGGGACUCCUCCUGGGAAGCGGGGACCUUUAACUCCAAAGGAGGACUGCCUGUCUUGUACUUCUCUGGGAGGCGGGAGCGGCUGCUGCUGCGUCCAGAAGUGCUGGCUGAGAUUCCCCAGGAGGCAUUCACAGUGGAAGCCUGGGUGAAACCGGAGGGAGGACAGAACAACCCAGCCAUCAUCGCAGGUGUGUUUGACAACUGCUCCCACACUGUGAGUGACAAGGGCUGGGCGCUGGGGAUCCGCUCAGGGACCCACAAGGGAAGGCGAGACGCUCGCUUCUUCUUCUCCCUCCGCACCGACCGUAUGAAGAAAGCCACCGUGGUGACUGGCCACAGGCGCUACCAACCGGGUAUGUGGACACAUGUGGCAGCCACUUAUGAUGGACAGCGCAUGACCUUGUAUGUGGAUGGCACUCAGGUGGCUAGUAGUUCAGACCAGUCAGGUCCCCUGAACAGCCCCUUCAUGGCGUCCUGCCGCUCUUUGCUCCUGGGUGGGGACAGCUCUGAGCAAGGGCACUAUUUCCGCGGACACCUGGGCACACUGACUCUCUGGUCAGCCGCCCUCCCACAAAGCAACCUCCAGCACAGUGCUCAGCAUCCGAGUGGGGUGGAGGAGCUGUCCACCUUGAUACUGACAGCCACUUUUGAACCUUUAAAAGAACAGUGGGCUCCCUUUAGAGACGAAAAGUACCCGUGGCUUGAGGUUCUCCAGGGCUCUGGGCCAGAGCCUGAGAUUCUGUCACCUUUGAAGCCCCCACCCUGUGGGCAAACGGCCUGUGAUAAUGUGGAACUGAUCUCGCAGUACAACGGACACUGGCCCCUGCGGGAAGAGAAGGUGAUACGCUACCAGGUGGUGAAUAUCUGCGACGAUGAGGGCCUAAACCCCAUCGUGAGUGAGGAGCAGAUUCAUCGGCAGCACGAGGCCCUGAACGAGGCGUUUAGCCGCUACAACCUCAGCUGGCAGCUGAGCGUCCAACAAGUCCACAACUCCACCCUGCGCCACCGGGUCGUACUUGUGAACUGUGAGCCCAGCAAGAUCGGCAAUGACCACUGUGACCCCGAGUGUGAGCACCAGCUCACGGGCUAUGAUGGGGGAGACUGCCGCCUGCAGGGCCGCUGCUACUCCUGGAACCGAGGGGACGGGCUCUGCCACGUGGAAUGCAACAACAUGCUGAACGACUUCGAUGACGGGGACUGCUGCGACCCGGAGGUAGCUGACGUGCGUAAGACCUGCUUCGACCCUGACUCACCCAAGAGGGCAUACAUGAGUGUGAAGGAGCUGAAGGAGGCCCUGCAGCUCAACAGUACUCACUUCCUCAAUGUCUACUUUGCCAGCUCAGUGCGGGAAGACCUGGCAGGUGCAGCCACCUGGCCUUGGGACAAGGAAGCCAUCAGUCACCUUGGUGGUGUUGUCCUCAACCCAGCCUAUUAUGGCAUGCCUGGCCACACCAACAUCAUGAUCCAUGAGGUGGGGCAUGUCCUGGGACUCUACCAUGUCUUCAAAGGUGUCAGUGAAAGAGAAUCCUGCGAUGACCCCUGCAGGGAGACCGUGCCAUCCAUGGAAACGGGAGACCUCUGUGCCGACACUCCACCCACUCCCAAGAGUAAGCUGUGCCGGGACCCAGAGCCCACCAAUGACACCUGUGGCUUCACCCACUUCCCAGGGGCUCCAUUCAGUAACUACAUGAGCUACACAGAUGAUGACUGCACCGACAGCUUCACCCCUAACCAGGUGGCCCGAAUGCAUUGCUAUUUGGACCUUGUCUAUCAGCAAUGGAGUCAAAGCAGGAAGCCCACCCCCAUCCCCAUCCCUCCCAUGGUCAUCAGGCAGACCCACAGGUCCCUCACCAUCCACUGGCUGCCUCCUAUCAGUGGAGUUGUGUAUGACAGGGCCCCGGGCAGUGUGUGUGGUGCCUGCACUGAAGAUGGGAUGUUCCGGCAGUAUGUGCACACGGCUUCCUCCCGGCGGGUGUGUGACUCCUCCGGUUACUGGACUCCAGAGGAGGCUGUGGGGCCUCCUGAUGUGGAUCAGCCCUGUGAGCCAAGCUUGCAGGCCUGGAGUCCUGAGCUCCACCUGUACCAUAUGAACAUGACAGUCCCCUGCCCUACAGAAGGCUGUAGCCUGGAGUUGCUCUUCCAACACCCAGUCCAAGCGGACACCCUCACCCUGUGGGUCACUUACCUCUCCAUGGACUCCUCCCAGGCACUCUUUGACACGGAGAUCUUGCUGGAAGACAAGAAGUCUGUGCACCUGGGCCCCUUAGACACUUUCUGUGACACCCCACUCACUAUCAAACUGCAUGUGGAUGGGAAGGUCUCUGGGGUGAAAGUCUACACCUUUGAUGAGCGGAUGGAGAUUGAUGCGGCUCUCCUGACUUCUCAGCCCCACAGUCCCUUGUGCUCUGGAUGCAGGCCUGUGCGGUACCAGGUUCUCCGAGAGCCCCCCUUUGCCAGUGGCUCAUCCGUGGUGGUGACACACCCUCACAGGAAGUUCACAGACAUGGAGGUCACACCUGGACAGAUGUAUCGGUACCAAGUUCAAGUUGAAGCUGGAACAGAACUGGGGGAAGCUUCACCUCCUCUGAACCAUAUCCAUGGAGCUCCUUUUUGUGGAGAUGGGAAAGUGGCAGAGAACCUGGGGGAAGAGUGUGAUGAUGGAGACCUCCUGAGUGGAGAUGGCUGCUCUAGGGCAUGUGAACUAGAGGAAGGCUUCAAAUGUAUCGGGGAGCCAAGCCUCUGCUACAUGUAUGAGGGAGAUGGGAUAUGCGAGCCUUUUGAGAAGGAAACCAGCAUCGUGGACUGUGGCCUUUACACUCCCAAAGGAUACCUGGAUCUGUGGGCCACCCAGGCUUAUUCCUCUUAUGAAGACAAGGAGAAGUGUCCUGUUUCCUUGGUAACAGGAGAACCUCAUUCCAGGGUUUGCACAUCUUACUAUCCAGAUUUACCCAAGCACCAUCCCUUUACUGGCUGGUUUCCUUGUGUUACUGGAAGAAACAGAACUCAGGAUGAAAAGAGUGAGCAUCCAGAAAGUAGCCUGGAGAAAGAGGAUGAGGUUUGGCUUAAAGUGUGUUUCAGUAGACCAAGAGUGGCCACAGCAAUUCUUAUUUUCUUGACAACUGAUGGCCUGGUCCCUGGGGAGCAUCGGCAGCCAACAGUGACCCUCUACCUGACUGAUACCAGUGGAAACAACCACUCUUUUGGAACCUAUGAACUGUCAUGCCAGCAAAACCCACUGAUCAUCAAUGUGACCCAUCACCCGAAUGUCUUCUUCCACCCUACCACCUCAGUGCUGCUGAAUUUCUCCUCCCCACUGGUGGGCAUCUCAGCCGUGGCUCUAAGGACGUCCUCCCACAUCAGUCCUUCUGCUCCUGAUAACUGCAUCUCAGAACACAAGGGUCAAAAUCAUCAGGGACAGAGCUGUGUCCACCGGCCCUGUGGGGAGCAGGGCAGCUGUGCGUCAUUGCUGCUUGAUCAUGCUGAUGUGGUGAACUGUACCUCUAGUGGCCCAGGUCACAUGAAGUGUGCUCUCACCUGUCAAAGGGGAUUUGCCCUUCAGACCAGCAGCGGGCAGUUCCUCAGGCCUCUACAGAAGGAAAUUCUACUCACAUGUUCUUCUGGCCACUGGGACCGGGAUGUGAGCUGCAUGCCUCUCGACUGUGGUGUUCCUGACCCAUCUUUGGUGAACUAUGCAACCUUCUCCUGCUCAGAAGGAACUGGCUUUCUGAAACGCUGUUCCAUCACUUGUGUCCUACCAGCCAAGCUGCAAGGACUGAGCCCGUGGCUGACCUGUCUAGAAGAUGGGCUCUGGUCUCUCCCUGAAGUCUACUGCAAGCUGGAGUGUGACGUUCCUCCUGUUAUUCCAAACGCCAACUUGCUCCUGCCUCACUGUCUCCGAGGCUACCAUGACGUGGGUACUGUCUGCAGAUAUGAAUGCAAACCAGGAUACUACGUGGCAGAAAGCUCAGAGAGUAAAGUCAGGAACAAGUUCUUGAAGAUACAGUGCCUGGAAGGUGGAUUCUGGGAGCAGGGCAGCUGCAUUCCUGUGGUAUGUGAGUCCCCUUCUCCUGUAUUUGAAGGCAUGUAUGAAUGUACCAAUGGCUUCAACCUGGACAGCCAGUGCGUGCUCAACUGUAACAAGGAAAGUGAAAAGCUUCCCAUCCUCUGCACUAAGGAGGGACUGUGGACCCAAGAGUUCAAGUUGUGUGAGAACCUGCAAGGGGAAUGCCCACCACCCCCCUCAGAGCUGAAUUUGGUGGAGUACAAGUGUGAGCAGGGAUACGGGAUUGGUGCCAUGUGUUCCCCAUCGUGUGUAAUCCCCCCCAGUGAUCCAGUGAUGCUGCCUGAGAACGUCACUGCAGACACUCUGGAGCACUGGAUGGAGCCUGUCAGAGUCCAGAACAUCGUGUGCACAGGCCGGCGUCAAUGGCACCCAGACCCUGUCCUGAUCCACUGCAUCCAGUCGUGUGAGCCUUUCCAAGCAGACGGCUGGUGUGACACUAUCAACAACCGGGCCUACUGCCACUAUGAUGGGGGGGACUGCUGCUCUUCCACACUCUCCUCUAAGAAGGUCAUUCCAUUUGCUGCUGACUGUGACCUGGAUGAAUGCACCUGCCGAGACCCCAAGGCUGAAGAAAAUCAGUAACUGUGGGAUUAAGCCCCACCCUCUGCAGCUCAGAGGCAGUAAAGAAAGAGAGGCCAAUGCAGGAGGAAAUGAAGGGUGAAUGAAGAAGGUCAUGAAAUGGAGGAAGGAGGAAAAGUGUGAAGGAUCUUACAGGAAACACUAGGGGUUAUUUACAGGUGCCAACUAGUGCAUCAAGUAGCCCAAGGAGGGAAGAAUCAUAGGCACAGUUUCUGUAAAGUGGCAGUUGAUUAGAGUGGAAGGAGAAAUAUCGUAGCUAUACAAGGACCCUCCCCCAUUUAUAUUCUAAUUAACUCCAUCUCAGCUCUUGCCCUCCUCCCCACUCUAUACCCUGCCAACUCUUCAGCCCCACCCAGCUUGUAAACUAAUACCAAAAUGCUAGGAGAGAUGUUGGCAGGGACACUCUUGUUAAUACCCACUUUGAAUGGAUUGCCAUCUUUCAGAGCUGAUCUGCUCUCAACUGGUUCUUUCCCUUUCUUUUGUGUAGUCUCUUUAAAUAAUGAAGUUAGUUAUUAAUUCUUUAUAAGUAUUUAAACAUAAUUAUAUAAAUAUAUUAUAUAUAUUAUAUUUUUUGCUGUUUACUAAGCUAAAAAUUAUCCAUUGUUCCACACAUGCUGCUGUGAAGUUCACAUUCAAAAUGAAUGCUGAGGCUUUGAGGACAGAAAGGCAAGGUGUCUGCCAUCUUUCUAUUGUUGAGGAUUGGCAGGUUGAAUGGGAAGGGAGAAGGAGAGAGAGUAAUUGCAUGGAAUUCUGGAGGCUAGCAUGUCAGCUGAUGAUCUUUUUAUGACCUGGGAGCUAGGCUGACUUGAAGGACAUAGGGAGAUGGAAUGAUAACACUAAGAGGCAUGGAAGGUUGGGUAUGAGUGCCCACUAGUGAUGGGUCUCCUCUGUAAAAUUAGAAUUUAGAGUAUCUAACUCCUACCCCCAUGCCCCAAAAAUAGAUUACUUUUUUCCCAUUUGUCAUAACUCUUAAUUGGAGUUGGUGAGACCCAGGUUUUUCUGCCCUUCUAUACAUACCUGUUCCAAGUAUGGCCAUCAGCCAGCCAGCCAGAAAUUUGCAUUAGGGCCCACUUUUUGGUCACCAGGUCAGAGAAACUCCCCCACUCUUCACAGUUAGCCAGUGGCCUCAUUCCUUAUUCGAAGUCCCCAGAUCUCGCCAUUAUUCACAACCACAUGAACAAUUAUGAUUUUCUAGGGCAAAAAUGGUUAAGGAAAUGACUUAGGGAAAAGAACAGACCUGGGUGGAAAAGACAGCAGAGACCACAGGGAGGUGAGCAGUCAAGGUUAAGUUGAGGCUGGGGGUACAGAGAGGACAGGGUUCACAAUGACUCAGUCUUUUGUCUAAGCUUAAAGACCAAAGUGGAUUCUAUAGCAAUGCAGAAUUUGUGAUAAAUUCUAUUUAAGCAUGAUGUAUAAAUUCUGUGGGCCAGAGAUAAUGACUUAAGCAAGCUAUGGAAAUGCGUGGAGCAAGGGUGACACUCAGUGGGGAGACAGAAGAAUGUCAACUACUAUCCAGGGUCCAUUUUGUUAUCUUUACCCCUUCUUGUCCAACUGAGGAACUGCACAUGAAAUGACCACAAUUACCCUGCCUCUCUUUGCAUCCAGAGCUCACUUUUUCUUUUCCUGUGUAUGGUCUGUUGCAGUUAUGUGUUCUUGCAAAGGUUUCUCGAUUAGGCCUUGGGGAAAGAGAGUAAAGAGCUGAUUUCCAUUCAGCAUCCCAGUCUCAUCAUCUCAGAAAGGGCUGGGAGGCUUGUCUCCCUCAAAGUUUCCUCUCAGUGGGAACCAAAAACAGGUAAAAUUUAGAGCUCAACCAUCUUCUCUUCUCAUCUUUUGCCUUUUUUGCACUGACCACAGUUUUUCUACUUUUUGCAAAUAGAAAUAGACAAUAUUACCCAUGGCUAUCAAAAUAUUAGCCACACUACCAGGAAGAGAAAAGCAAUAUUCAGAAGUGGAAAACAAAAGGAUAAGGUUAUAAACACAUAUUUAUCUGUGGGUUUGUGGAAUGAGAGAGACAAAGUCCUUGGGGAAACUGAAAAGCAGAGUUUUCCCAUAUGCAAACAAACAAACAAAAACUCUAUAGGGCUUGCCAUAAGAGAAACCAUAGCCUAGAUAACUUUUAUUAUCAUGGCUCACUCUUACUGCCCACGAAAAAAUAGGAAAUAUUUAUUUCUGAGAUUCUGAUAGGUAUCAAUAUGCAAAGGUCAGUGGGAAAGUUUAGAUUCUUUAUCAAAAAAAAAAAAAAAAGAAAACAUGCUGCAAAGUUGUUUUCUGGGGCAAAAUAUCCAAAUUCCUGGAAAUGUGUCAAGCUCCUUCUUGGGGACACCUGCUCUGUCUGAUAUUGAGGCAGAGGAAAAGUUACUCUGGGCAUUUCCCAGCUCCAGGAGGCUGCAGCCCUUCAUCAUGCAGCCAGUGGUUCCUGCAGUGUGUGUCUGUGCUUGGUCUUUCCAUAAAAGUAAUGGUAAAAAUAUUGCUGCUGCAGACUUCACUUUAAAACAUUUUAUUCUCUGUUGGAAACACCUUCCAUUCACCACUGCCUUCAGAAGGUGAAACAACAGCUCCUAUGGUGUGUGAAAGGCCACUCAGCCCUUGUUAGGCGCAGCCACGGCAGCCACUCAGAGACACCGAGCUCUUUCCAUCCAUGUUCCUGGGGCCUCGUAUUCUGAGCAACUUAGGUCACUGGUAAGGGGAAGGAGUAAAACGCCAUGGUCACAGAUCCCAGGGAGGUCAACUCACACGUGCUCUGUGUGGUAGUCUGCCUUCUGCUCUUGGACACAUCAGUGGUAUCCCUGAGGACCUCUCCCAGAAGCCCUUCUUUCUUUUUCAUUGUUUCAAAAUCACUUUUGUUUCCAACUUUCCCUAGUAAUUAGGGGCUCUGGUGCCCAGAUUUCCCUUGGCUGACUCUAAGGACUAACAUGACAGCGUCUAAUCAGAGAGACAGAUAAAAGGAUAGGGUGAGGAGAAUGGGCAGAUGCUAGCAAAAAUGAAAGCAAAGAGUGUAGGAAAGUAAAGAGCUCUUCUUGGUUCUCUUUUCUCUAUCACAAGGCAUUGGACUUGGCACUUCCUUUGUUCUGUGCAAUCACUAUUGAGUGCAUCAGUUAGCACCCAAGGAGGUUGCUUGGUUGGAAACGUACUGAAAGGAGCUGAUCUACUGUAUUGUAAUGUCAAACAGCUACAGCCAGUUAUUUUGUAAGAGUAUAAGAUGUUCAUUA